UGCAAAUGCAGUUCAAUGCCAGCAGCUCAAGCGACUGCGUUCCGCGUUCAAAUAAUUUGUAAGCAAACACAAAUUUAAUGUUUGCUUGUUUCAAAUUCAGUUUAUAGCCGCUGCAGCUUGAGUUCACAACACACAGAAAAAGGGGCAACAACUUCCCAAAAAAAUAAAAAUAAAUAAAGGAAAAAGCCUGAAGAGAGCGCAGAGCGCUAAAUUAAAAGCAUUGGCUAACAAUAUCGAUAGCGCUAACGAUAUGUGUUGAUUAGAUUUCGACACAACAACAAGUGUAUUUUUUUUUCGUGUUUGCUGUAAAUCGCAACAAAGCAGAAAUACAAAAAAAAGAAGAAAUUAAUGUUUUAGCUGGAGAGCACGCUCAGUACGCGAAGUGAAGUGGAAGUGUUUAAAGGUAAAAAGCACAGACGGGCGGCGCACAAAGGAGAGCUCCGACGUCCGAAGAGCGCCGAAUCAUAUCGCCAAAGCAGCAGCAACAACAACAACAACAACAACAGCAAAGCGUUCAAAUAAACGGUUAAAGCUCAAUUAACAACAAUGACACCAACGUCAUCCAGUCAGCAGAUGCAGCCGGCGGCGGAGGAGGAGCAGGAGCAAAAGGAGAAGACGCUGCUGCCCGGCGAGCUGAUUGAGACUUUCUAUGUGGAGAACAAGCGACGACAGCAGAACAUCAAAAUACAGGUAAAGCUAUGCGCCCAGGGAGUUUAUCUGCGACGCGAGACAAACGAUACGGAUCACAUCAAUGAGCAGCUGAUACGCAUUGAGGAUAUUGUGGGCUCCAGCUGUGGCGCGCGGCAGCGAAAACGCGCACGUGGCGGUCUGAACAGCUGCCGAAAUCCCAGCCAGCAACAAGAGGAGGAGCAGGAGGAGUCACAAUCACAAUCACAAUCACAGCCGCCGCCGCAGACAGACAAUAGCGCUUAUCUUUAUAUCUAUGCGUAUUUGAAAAAGGAGAAGCCGCUGCGGCGUGUGCAAACUUUGAGAAUUUUACGCUUUCGCUCGAGCGAGGAUUAUGCGGAGAAUCUGGAGACGGCGCAGCGCUGGCAUUGCCGCAUACGCGAGCAUAAGCAGCACACUGGCGCCAUCUGUGCGGCGGCAAACAAGCGGCUGCUUAUACUGCUCAAUCCCAAGUCGGGGUCGGGCAAGGGGCGUGAGCUGUUCCAGAAGCAGGUGGCGCCGCUGCUGCGCGAAGCGCAAGCGGAUUACGAUCUGCAGAUCACCACACACUCCCAAUAUGCGCUGGAGUACGUGCGUUCACGCAAGGAUCUGCUGGAGCGCUAUGCGGGCAUUGUGGUCGCCUCGGGCGAUGGACUGUUCUACGAGGUGCUCAAUGGACUGAUGGAGCGCAUGGAUUGGCGACGCGCCUGCGCGCAACUCGCGCUGGGCAUCAUACCCUGCGGCUCGGGCAAUGGACUGGCCAAGAGCAUUGCGCAUCAUUGCAAUGAGCCGUAUGAUCCGAAGCCCAUAAUGCAUGCAACGCUUAUUUGUGUUGCUGGGCGUGCCACGCCCAUGGAUGUGGUGCGUGUCGAGCUGAAUCAUCGCAGCAGGCACUCGGUUAUGUAUUCGUUUCUAUCGAUAGGCUGGGGACUCAUUGCGGAUAUCGAUAUUGAGAGUGAGCGGCUGCGUUCGAUUGGCGCGCAGCGUUUUACGCUUUGGGCCAUCAGACGUCUCAUUACCUUGCGCAGCUAUCAGGGCAAGCUUUACUAUUUGCCAGCGGAGCAGCCAGCAGCGUCGCCUGCCACGCCCACUUGCAGUGCGCCUGCAGUUUCACGCAUUUCGCUGCCCAAUGCGCCAUACAGCGAGUUCAAGGAUCUGCCCGAUGAUCAGCAGUCGGAUGAGUUCGCCGACGCUUUAAGCACCGAUCGUUCAGUUUAUCGCCAGACCGAUAGCUGGCACUCGGCUGCAUCCAGACGCACUGCUUACUACUCCAUCGCUGGCCAGUCCAAUCGCAGUCGCCAGAGCGUCGCCCAACGCAUUGAGGCGGCCAAUGCGCAAUUUGCCGAGCUUGUGCCCACGGGCAAUAUGCCAGGGCUGCAGCUGCCGCUGCCGGCGGAGCAGGGCUGGCUUUGUGAGCAGGGCGAGUUCGUUAUGGUGCAUGCCGCAUAUACCACGCAUCUUGCCUCCGAUUGCUACUUUGCGCCGUCAUCGCGGCUCAACGACGGCCUCAUCUAUUUGGUUGUCAUACGUGGGGGCGUGGGGCGGCCGCAGCUGCUCAACUUUCUGCUCAGCAUGCAGAGCGGCAAUCAUCUGCCCAGCGAGCCGGAUCCCUUCAUCUGUGUGCUGCCCGUGCGUGCGUUUCGCAUUGAGCCCAGCGGCUCGCAGGGCAUCCUCACGGUCGAUGGCGAGCGCGUCGACUACGGACCCAUACAGGCGGAGGUAUUUCCGGGACUUAUUAAUGUUAUGACCACCACUGGGCAGUGAGUGAGACUCCAAGUCUUGUUUUUAAAUCGUUUAUUUAAGCAAUUAAGACUGUAUUACUAAAUCAUUUUUGUUUUUUGUUUUUUUUUUUUUUAACUAACAUGACAACAUAAAAAUUUUAAGCGAGGGCUGUUUGUAUAAUUCUAAUAUUAUAUGCAAUUUGUAUCAUAUGAAAACUUUAAUAGUUCAACAAUCUGGCAACGCCUAGCCUAGGCUUAAAACGAGCGCUGCUUAAUUUUUAUAUUAUUAUAUAGCAAUUUAUUUAUGUGCACAACAAAUAAAAAUUCA